GGGAAGUUCAGGGCCGGAAACGCCAAAAACCCGCUGCGCUGUUUCAGUUCAUCAUAUUUUAGAAGCAGCAUUGAAACAUUUUACAAUUGUUUCUUUAGCGAGCUGAGAAGAUAAGAAGUUAAUAGUAAAAUUUUCUGUUAAUUUCCUCCUUUUUCGGACGCAUAAGUUUUAUUCUUCACGAAAAAAAAGACUCUGUUUUAAAUUAAGCAACAUUAAGAUUUGUUUCCUUAUUAAUUAAAAGUGCAGAUAUUAAAUGAAACAUUAGAAAGCUGAUCAGAUUCGGUUCGGUGUCGCGUUUAAUUCGGGGUGACUGGAUCAGUUUAGAGUUUGUUUUAAACAGGGAAUAGUUUGAAUUGUUGGGUCAGAGGUCACCACCUGCCGGGUCUUUGUUUCUGAGCAUGCGCGCUUUAAGAUGGGCCUUUAAAUGCUGUUUUACUCCAUCAGGUUCUUCAGAGCUGUUGUAGAGGAUGACGACUCUGAGCAGGAAGAAUCUCCUGUAGCAGUCUGUGUUACAGUGAAUGUGCAGAAGCCUCUGACUGAACACAUUGGUUCUGGUUUUGAGGAGGUUCAGGGUUGGCCAGAAAAACUUAUCUCAGACUCAAAAAUAUGUUUGUUUUGAAUCAUUUUCUGAAAGUUUCCACCUAAGCAUCAUUUUGAGGUUACCGUGGUGAUGUUUGACCCUUUCCAGCUGGCUUUAACUAACGUCUCGUUGCCAUGGCAUCGUCUCUGUCCUCAGCUCCUCCACAUGUCGGUUUUUUCCCAAAGCUUUUCUCCCUGCGGCCGCUUCCUGGCGGCUGGGAACAACUACGGGGAGAUCGCCCUUUUCAGCCUGGCUGCGGCUCUCAGUCCAGACGCCACGACGGCCAAUCAGAAGCCUGUUCUGACAUUCACAGCUCAUGAAGGUCCCGUCUUCAGUCUGCUGUCCACAGACUCUGUCCUGCUGAGCGCAGGGAACGGCGAGGUCAGCGCCUGGAACUGGACCGAACUCAUCAAGAAGAACGUGAAGCCGCUGUGGACGAAGAGGCCGAACUACAAGUCCAGUCUGGAGAUUCCAGAGAUCAACUCCAUGGCCAUCAACCCUCGAGACGACAGCCUGGCGAUCGGAGCGGGAGACAACAACGUCCACAUCCUGGACCUGGAGCACGGCGCCUUUAAGGCGACCCUGCAGGGUCACACAGACUAUGUGCACUGCGUGUGCGUACGUGAGCGGGAGGCGGAGCUCCUGUCUGGCAGCGAGGACGGCGCCGUGCGGAUGUGGGACUGCAGGACGGGGCAGAGCGUCCACUGCAUCGAGGUGCAUAAGUACGAGAGCUGCGCCAGGCCUCAGCACGGGAAGUGGAUCAGCUGCCUGACCACGGACUCUGAUUGGAUGCUGUGCGGCGGCGGCCCGUCUCUGUCCAUGUGGCAUCUGCGCUCGCUGUCGCCGACCUCGGUGUUCCCUCUGAGCGGCUGCCAGCGCCAGGCCGCGUUCCACCAGGACAUGAUACUCGCUGUGGGCGACGGUGCCUUUGUCUCCCACUGCCUUCUGGGAGGAGAGGUCAAAGGUCAGAUCCCGUGUACGCCACCAAGCCUCAACACGCUGAAGCUGAACACAAAGAGCUCCGAGCACCGGGUGCUGACGGUCGGCGGCGGCAGCAGCAAGAUCGACGUCUUCACCAACCUGUCCUACAGAGCCUUCUCCCUCAGCUUCUGACCAGAACCAGAACCAGAACCAGAACAGGGUCGGAUCGGAUGAGGAGUAGAACCAGGACGGACUCUAAAUAAAAUCCAGUCUUUGUUACAUUUCA